AUGUCUUUACCCUCCCCUACAGACCUUGACAAGAAGCACUUUGACGCGCACGAUGAGGUCGCUGAGCUGCCGGGCAAGAAGCAGCACUUGUCGGCUGAGCUCACCGCCGCGCUGGACGGCACGUCCAUCCCCCGCUGGUCAGCCGCCGCACUCAAGCUCUACAGCAAGUUCACCCCCACAGUACCGCUGACCCCAGUGUCCAUCUUUGUCGCGCUAUGCUGCUCCUAUGCAAACGGGUACGACGGCAGCGUGAUGACGGCGUUGAUUGCUAUGGACCACUUCCAGAAACGCUUCCACGCCGGCACGACAGGCGGCAAGGUCGGCGCCAUCUUCGGCGUGUACAAUGCCGGGUGCUUCAUCGGCGGCCCGUUCGGCGCGUUCACGAUGGACAGGUUCGGCCGGCGCUGGUGUAUGGGCUCGGGCUCGCUCCUCAUCGUUGUCGGGAGUGUGCUCACGUCGACCGCGACGACCUUGGUUCAGUUCAUCAUCGGCCGUUUCGUCCUCGGCUUUGGCAUCGCCUUUGUACAGAUGGCCGGGCCUUCAUACACCAUGGAAGUCGCCCUCCCGCAAUGGCGAGGCCGCUGCACGGGACUCUACAACGUGGGCUGGUAUUUUGGGGCGAUCCCGGCCGCGGCGAUAACAUUCGGCACCAACUACAUCAACUCGAACCUGUCGUGGCAGCUGCCGCUCAUUUUCCAGUGUUUCGCCGCGGUGCUAGUUAUCGGCCUGAGCCCGUUCAUCCCCGAGUCGCCCCGUUUCCUGAUGUCGCGAGGUAGGGAGGAGGACGCCAAGGCCUUCCUGGCCAAGUAUCACGGCGGAGGCGACGAAAACGCGCCCCUCGUCAAGCUCGAGCUCGAGGAGAUGCGCGCGUCCCUGAGCGCGGUCGACCCCGCCCCGUGGUGGGACUACCGCCCGCUCUUCUCGACCAAGGCGAGCAGGUGGCGCAUGGCGCAGGUCGCCAUGAUGUCCAUCUUUGGCCAGUUCAGCGGUAACGGCCUGGCGUACUUCGCCACGGUGAUCUACGCCAACAUUGGCGUGACGAGCACGACCGCGCAGCUGGGGUACAACCUGCUCUAUGCUGCGAUGUGUGCGGUCGGCGCGCUGUCCGGUGCCGCGCUCACCGACCACAUGCCCCGCCGUAUGGUAUUGACAUUUGGUACGCUGCUGCUGGCGGUCCUGCUUGGGAUCUUCACCGGGCUCAACUCGAUCAUCGACAAGGACUUGGUCAGGGGGGUGCCGAUUGACGAGGGGGUGGGCAAGGGUGCCAUUGCGGUGUACGUCCUCUUCGGCGUCGCCUGCGCAUUCACCUACACCCCCCUCCAGGCCGUCGUCCCCGUGGAAGCGCUGAGCACGAGCAUGCGCGCCAAGGGCUUGGCGGUGUCCAACUUCCUCAUGCAGGGCAUGGGCUUUGUCAACAUGUUUGCUGGGCCCGUGGGCCUGGGCAGCAUCGGGUACCGAUACAUCUUCGUCUUUGUGGUGUGGGACGUGAUCGAGGCGGCGUGCUGGUGGUUGUUUGGUGUCGAGGCCCGCGGCCGGACCCUCGAGGAACUCGACUGGAUCUACGAGCAGCCCAACCCUGUCAAGGCGAGCAAGAAGCUUUAG